CCGUCUCGCCUCGCGGUAUUGCAGUUCAGUACGCCGCCGCUACGUAUUUGCAUGUUAUUUUGAUACAACAGCCCAAAGGUACAGUUUCUGUUCUCUAAACUGUGUUCUGUGGUAGAACCGUUACUGCCUUUCCGUGAAAUUCAACAGUGUCAGUCGCUGUUAUUUCGUCUCGCGUAAUGUCAAGCGUUUCCGACGACUUCUACUGUCAAUUCUGCGGUAGUACGUCUGGUCUGCGCCGAUGCGCGCAAUGCCAUGGCAUCUACUACUGCAGCAAGGAGCACCAGCGUUUGCACUGGCCUGCUCACAAACACAUCUGCAAGCGUGGCAACGCGCAGCACUCGCCAGCAUCACCACCGCCACUGCUAAUGGCUGGUUCAGCCAGUGUGCUGAACCCCCCCACGCCUCCCGUGACGACAGUUGUGGAGGUGCUGGCACCUUCAACGGCAGUACCCCCAGAUGCUGGCAUUGCUGCAGACAUUCCCAACUACGACCCCAAUGACCCAGUCAACCAGGCCUGGUGGAAUGACACCUUGUCCUCCUUGGGACUCGGCACAGAGGCCAGUGGGUCCGACUUGGCUAAUAAUGGUGCUAAGCCUGCAGCCCUGAAACCAUUGUCAACCAAGCGAUUUCAGAAGAUAUGUGCGGAUGUAGUGCACGACCUCAAAGAAUAUGGUAUCUGUGUCAUCGACAAGUUUCUGGGCAGGGAACGUGGCUCCCUGGUGUUUGACGAAGUGUAUAGUCUCUAUGGGAGUGGUGAGUUCCAGCAUGGGCAGCUGGUCAGUGAGCGGGAUGACACGGGCCGCAUCAUCAGGGGUGACCGCACCCUCUGGCUGGAUGGCACCGAGGUGGGCUUUCCUGCUGUUGGUUUUCUUGUGCGAACUCUGGAUGCCAUUAUCAGCCGAUGCAACAAAAGCCAAGAACUGCGACACUACUGCAUCAGCCAGCGCACCAAGGCCAUGAUAGCUUGCUACCCGGGCAAUGGGACGCAUUAUGUGAAGCAUGUGGACAAUCCAAACCAAGAUGGCCGUUGCAUCACCAGCAUCUACUACUUAAACAAAAAUUGGGACGUCCAGACUCAGGGAGGCCUGCUGCGCAUGUUUCCCGUGGGGCAGUCUACCAGUGUGGCCAACAUCGAACCUAUCUUUGACCGCAUGCUCUUCUUCUGGUCUGACCGAAGGAAUCCUCACGAGGUGCUGCCAGCCUACGCCAUCAGGUUUGCGAUCACAGUGUGGUAUCUGGAUGCGAAUGAACGGAAAAAUGCACUACAGAGGUUGCAGAAAGAACAUGUUGGCAGUGUGGUAUCGUCGCAGCACGGACUUAUCAAUCGGGGCAUGCCAGCCAGCACUAGCAUUAGCCCAAACCCCUGCACACAACAAGAAAAUGAGGACACUGGAGCUGCAAUUACGACACAGCGCUGUUUCUUCGAUACUAUAUGCAUAGAUGCAGUCUGCUUCGCAGGGCUUCUCUCCGUUUUUUAGUGUUUUAUAUGUGAGAGUAGCUUUUGUACAAAGUUGUUUUUUUCUAACUCACAGUGCAGUAUUACUGGUGCAAUGGCUUUUUGAACUGUUCAUUCCAAAAUGAAGCUCGGCAGUAGCGCACGCGCAUGCUCUCAGAGCGGCACAUUGCCGCUGGUCAUCUGGGCGCAAGCAGCUGAGUUGUGUCGCGACUCUCCACCAGGUGCUCCUUUUUGGUGUGCUACCUAUCCAGCGCUGACCUCCCAUCGGCGAGAACUUAAAAUAAAAAAAAGCUUUGCUGUAGCCACCAACACUCUGUGGAAAAUAUUAACUUUCUAGAUAGCAAACGUGGCUAUGGCCUGUUAGCAAGUGAAGCUGGAAGCAUAUGCUCCGUUUCCCACGUGUGAAAGGACUCGACGUGCCGCGAGAAUAGGCAUUGCCGGCAAUCAAGUUGGUAAACAUAUUUCUGUCUUGAAGUUUCAUCAUCCCGGCGAUAGAUAUCUGGUGCCAUCGCCGGGCCAACAAGCGCGCACUGUUUUAAUUUUAUCUGGUCGAAUGCAUCUUGCAAGGGAGACAAGAAGUUGUGCCCUAAACCUAACGCUAUCGCGAAAAAAAUAUUAAAAAAAGAGGGGGUGGUGUAGCGGUGUUUCAUGACCUGUUUUAACUCGUGUAAUUUACUUUCGCCGCAGCACACUGGUUCUCUACAGAAAAGCGGGUACUGAUUUUGAGAUUUUUAUUAGUCACGUGACAGCAUAAUUUGUUCAACUACUCAUGCGUGUAUACGAUGCAUGAUUGUUACUAGUAAGAUCAAUCACGUCUGAAACGAUUAUUGGCAAUUAUUUGGAGCAGUGUAUGACAGUUUUGGCACCCUAAAAAAAACUUUAACUUUGUGCCAGUUUUUAUUUUUUGGCCACCCCUACGAAUGCCUGAACUUUAAGCUCGCCAGCUUGGCAAAUCCACCUUUGAAUACACAGAGGCAGACGUGGCAAAUGCUAAUGUGCACGCUAUUAUUAUUGGCUCAGUGAGAUGGUUCAAAAUGCUAAUUUUAUUGAAAAAGCAGUCCUCUUACUCACACUGCAUGAUUUAGGGUAUGUUUAAUGAUUUGUACAUAUUUCUUUUUCUAAAUGUAAGACUUCUUCUUCAUACUGUUUCAAAUUUGGUCUUUCGUGAUAAAAAAUGAAUGUUUUGUUCCCCGUAACCUGCUCCAAAGUUGGAUUUCUGUGCUGAAAAAGUAACAUUUUGUUGCUCCUAAAACUGCUCCAAAUUCUGUUUUGGCUGUUUCACCCCUGCGUCUAGAGACGAAAAGAAAGAAAAUACAUUAUGGGCCGUAAAGUAUUUUUUCUUCGAGGGCAUCCAGUGCAAAGAUGUCCUCACUCAAGAUUGUUGUAUAUGUACCAGGCUUUAAUGGCAUCUUGAACAAAACAACUUGGUGCUAAACAAUAUUUUUGGUUGCCACUCAAACCUCUUGCCGUCUACUUCUACUUCGUUCUACAUUUAAAUGAGGAAGUACUAACAAAUGUCCCAAAAGCAAGAGAAAACAUUGCUAGCGCCAUUGAUAUAAAAGGUGUCUUUGAUAACAUAAGCGAUAAGGGCAUACUAGAUGGGCUAGCAGAGACGAACUGCAGUCAAAGUAUUUACUAUUAUGUCGAACUUCCUUACUACAAGAACCACUGUCAUCAGUCUAGGAGAAAACUAAUCCAAAAUCUUUCAGCCACCGAGCAAAGGCACACCACAAGGUACUGUGGUCUUGCUUACACAUUUAAAUAUAGCUAUGAUUGGUCUAGCCCAAAAACUAAUAUUUUCCAGACAUCCAACACUCUUUCUAUGUGGAUGAUAUGGACAACCAAGAGAAAAAGAAGAGUGCCUCCUAUUAGCAGCUAAAACAAUCAAAAAGUACACUAGAUAAAGCGGACUUUAGUGUUCAGGCUACAAAUCGGAACUCAUUCGAUUUUUCAAACGUAAAAAAAAACUAAGGACAGACCCGAGCCUUCGCCUUGAGCUAAAGUUAGAUGGCAAUGUUACUCCAGAGAAAAUGACAGUUCGAAAUCUAGGGAUGUGACUACAGUAAAAUCAGCAAUGCCUUCACGCAUUGAACAUCAUUAAACAAACUGCCCAAUAAAUUGUUCGUAUGAUAGUCCGAAUAAUUCCCUCGACUGUGAUAGCUGCUAUUGCGUAGAAACUCUCAACCAUGUCCUGUGCCAUUGUCCAGACUUUGAAGAAUAUCGCCAAACUCUCCAGGGGGCUUUAAGGAGACUGGAUAAUCGACCCUUUUUUCUGGAAAAGACCUUGGGUGCCACGCGAGCCCUUCUGUCGUUCUUGAGGAAAAGAUCACUGUGCGACCACCUGUGAAACCUGCACUCUGUGUGUGUGAACCUCCCUAGCUUUCUGACAUUCUUUCCCCCUCUCGCACUAACAUACUCACUACCCUACAUCAUGAAUAAGGAGGAGAAAGUAAAAGCGGAAAAAAUAAUAAGGAUAGAGCGGCUCUGCGACUACCACGAUGUACUUCAACUGCGAAGCUAUUGGCACUUGGACUCCACAAUACAUUUGAUGAGUUGGCUGAAGUUCUCAGAUUAACCGCCUGCUUCAGAUGCCACCCAGCAGAGAACUACAAAGGAUCGGCCUCCAUAAAUAAGUACAGGCACAUAAAAGAACUAAAGAACUGUCGUGCUUAUGCAGUGUCUGGUAAAAUGUAUGCCCCCUACCAAAGAGCACGAAUUCAAUUCUACGUGCUGGAAGACAGACAUAAAGCAAGAGCAGCUUACAGAGAUCUAAAGUCAAAAUAUUUGAAAACGGCGAGAUUUACAGAGGCUGCGCCAUAUCAGUCGAACACAAAAACAUGGUGGCCGUGGUCACAGACUGAAAAGAAAACAUUACAAGAUUUGCCUCCAUAGCUGAAGCCUUCAUUACAGAAGCAGAGGCGAUAGCAAUUGCACUGUCACUCAGAGGGCAGGGAGCAAAAAGCCCCACUUAAAUAAUCACGGCUUCAAAGGCUGCAUGUCAGAACUACGAAAGGGGUGGAAUAGGUAUGAAGGCAUUCCAGAUUCUAAACAAAGCUAAUAAAAACUAUCCAAUUGAAUACGCCCAAACCUUGAUCUGGGCGCUGCACAAAGAUGUCAUUGGGAAGCAGUUUGUGGAUGAGGCAGCUCAAGGCUUUACAAAUCACCGAGCUUCCUUGCCCACUGCAAUAGAGGACCCAAUACCCCUAGCCCCUAAUUUUGCUACAAUUUUGCAGUAUAGCAAGGGUAAUAAAAAACUGUAUUCACUACCGCAUAAGAACCUCACUGCAAUGGAAUCUGCGACAUUAUGCAGAUUCGAGACAAAUGGAAAAUCAAGAUGGGAGUUGACAGAUGGAAACACGUAGUGGUGUAAUCAAGAUAAACAGUGAAGGUGCCUCAGACUGGCUGGAUGACACUUCGAUAAGAAGAUUUAUUUUUGUCAAAGGCACCUUGUCAUUCUUGGCGUGUUCGUUUUAAGGGGGUUAAUAGUGACGUCAUCUUUUGGUGGUGGCGUGUGUCCCUGUUGGUAAUGGUCGUAAAUGUAACUGAAUAAAUGAAUAUUUGUUCGCCCAUGGAAAUGGAAGCAAGAAAUCUGAUCCAUUUACCUGAGUACUGUCGGCCUGAGGUCCAAGUUUUUAUAAGUCGACGUCGCCAUGGACAAUUACACGAUGCAAUUUAAAGUUGUCUCUGGAGCUUAAAUCUUAUCUAUACCUGAUGAGUUUCUCAAAAAAAAAUCUAUAAAGCAGAAGAGUGCAGUCCUCGCUUCUAUUCAAGUUAGGUUGCGAUGAUACAAAGUGUUCUCUUGUUGAAGGUUGGGGGCAGGGGAAGCAAAAAAGUUAAAAAACAAAAUAAGAAAAAGAGGAAGAAAAGGAAGGGAUGUAAAGUAGGAGCGGUGGGCUACAAAGCUGCGGCCGCUAGAGACACGAACGAAAAAAAAAA